AUGCGCUUCUCAACCCUCAUCCCUAUGCUGCUUGCAGCCGGUGUUGCCAAUGCCCAGUUUGGCGGCCAAGGUGGAAACAACGGUCAGAACAACGGUCAGAACAACGGUCAGAACGGCGGCAACAACGGACAGAACAACGGCCAGAACGGAGGCAACAAUGGCCAGAACAACGGUCAGAACAACGGUGGUAACAACGGAGGCAACAACGGCGGUGGUGGUGGUAACCUAGCCCUCAACCCUGAUGUUGUUCAAACCGCCAGUCAGUCCGAUGGAUUCGACCAGGGCCAGGAAGAUGGACAAGCCGCGUCUCUCACUGACCAAGCCAACUUCAUCAACUUCUGCCAGGGCAAGACCCUCACCAACGGUCUCCAGGUCAAGGAGGGAUCCUGCAACGGUAUCGUCAUGGGAGACAUUCCUGGUGUCGGCAACAUGAUCUCUGCGGUAUUCACCAACCCCCAGAACGGCGACACAAACAUCCAAGAAGGUGAGCCGAUCGACUUCUCCGUCAAGAUUACCAACUUGGAGGCUGGAUCUUUCACCAACCCCGACAACACCUACUACGCUGCCCCACAGACGCUCCAGGGAGGCAAUGUCGUUGGCCACACCCAUAUUUCUGUCCAGGACAUGGGCAAUGACGCCAACAACCCCCCGGACGCUCAGAACUUUGCUUUCUUCAAGGGAAUCAACGAUGCUGGUGACGGCAACGGCCUUCUCACUGCCAGCCUUGCUGCUGGUCUCCCUGCCGGUAACUACCGUGCUUGCUCUAUCACCUCUGCCUCCAACCAUCAGCCUGUUGUCAUGCCUGUCGCUCAACGUGGUCCUCAGGAUGACUGUGUGAGGUUCACUGUUGGCGGUGGCGGCGGAGGCGGCAACAACGGCGGCAACAAUGGCCAGAACAACGGCCAGAACAACGGUCAGAACAACGGUCAGAACAACGGUCAGCAAGGUGGUCAACAGGGAGGACAGCAGGGCGGCCAGCAGGGCGGUCAACAAGGCGGCCAGCAGGGCGGUCAACAAGGCGGCCAGCAAGGAGGCCAGCAGGGCGGUCAAGGCGGCCAGGGAGGACAGGGCGGCUUCGGUGGCUUCGGACGUGGACGUGGACGCGGACGCUUCAACCGCCGCAGCUUUGCAGCCCGCGACUUCGUUGCUUGA